AUGGCUAGUUUUAUGAGCCGUGAUCUUUCUCGUGAUCCAUGUCCUGACAGAAUAAUAGAAGAUCUAGGAGGUGCUUUUGGAAUGGGAUGUGUUGGUGGUUUUUUAUGGAAUUUUCUUCAUGGUGCUAGAAAUGCUCCUAGAGGUGAGAUAUUUUCAUCUGGAUUAUCAGCUGGUUCUUUAAGAGCUCCAAUAAUAGGUAGUAGUUUUGCAGUAUGGGGUGGUACAUUUUCUUGUUUUGACUGUAGUAUAACUGCACUUAGGCAACGAGAAGAUCAUUGGAAUGCAAUUUUUGCGGGUGCUGCUACGGGUGGUUUACUAGCUUUAAGAGGAGGUUGGCGUUCUGCAACACGUAGUGCUUUUGUAGGUGGUGUUUUACUUGCUAUUAUUGAGAUAGUUUCUAUAGGGUUAAGCAGGAGGACAAUGCAAACUCCUAGACAGCAAUUUCGUGAUUAUGAAACUGGAGUGAAAAGAUUAAAGGAAAAAGAUAAAAACCAAUCUAAUAUUUUAAAGAGAUCACAAAUAAAUGACAAUAUUUUAUUAUCAAAUUCAAACUAUAGUGAUAAUAUAUCAACUCUCCAAGAAUCCGAGAUAUCACUUAAUCAAGUGGACAAUGUUUCUAAUUUAAAUACAAAUAAAUCUUCAAUUUCAACAUUUGUAGGCGAAUAUGGUGGUUCUACAUCUGCAGCUACAUAUACUAUAAGAAAGAAAAGAUGGUUUGGUUAA